AUGUCCCUCCUAGAACGACACCUCGAGCAGAUCUCCCUCUCCUCAGAAUCAAUAGCAACCCUCCCGUUUCCCCCUCCCAAAAUCUUUACAAAUGCGCUGCUCUCGACACCAGACAUAACCUCGCUAAUACGAGACACCGAGCCUCACGAACGAGCCCUCUUCUCUGUCCCUCCUCCCCCUCCGCCUGUGACAUCCACAACUCCAUACCCAGACCCCAAAUCCAGCACGCGCCGGCAGACAGUCUUCAAUGUCGCGCAGGGAGAAGUAACAGCCGGGGGUGCAGUCGGAGCACGCGCACCUCGACGAAAUACCGCCGUUGCAGCGGUGCUAGGAGCAGAGCUCCACUCCGAAGUUAGGAAAACGGAAGGGAAAGGAGAGGUUGAUAUCGAGGUCCUUUUGAGAGGAGUAGAGAAGCUGAAUAAUGUAUACUCGGUCCCUGGUGUCCCCGAGAGGGUGCAGAGUUUAAGGACGAGGUAUGUGCAGAUUGUGGGUAGUGUGGAGCAUUAUGAGAGGAAGGUUGAGAAGCAGCAGAGGGAGUUGGAGAGGAUGAAUAGAGGGGAGGCUUGGGAUGAGGAUGAGGAUGAGGAGGAGGGGGAUGAGGAGUUUGCGCAGGAGGAGGAGGUUGAGGUGACGGAGGAGGAUUUGAGGAGGGAGGAGGAGGAGAUUAGGGAGUUAGAGAGGAAGAAGAGGGAAUUAGAGGAGAGGGCCAAUGUGGAUAAUGUUCUGAGAGGUGGAAUGAUUUUAAAUCUGGAGAGAGGGGUGGCAACAGGAUUUGCAGACCGAAAUUAUUCGGGGGACACAAAGCUCCCUCCCAGCAGAGAAAAAUCUCCCGAUCCGACUGUUGAAUUGCCGAAGGAGGGGGGGAAGCCUGCCUCAGUUCAGGAGGUCAAGGGGGAAAUCAAGGAAAUGAAAAAGACCAUGGCUGAGCUGGAUGAAGAAUUGAGAUUGAAGUUAGAGGGCGUGUCUGGGGAAGGAGGCACUGCUGGUGUCGAGUACGAAGGAGGUAAAGCUGUCGGGUUGAAGCGAUCGGUAAAAGAGAACAUGUUUAGGAUCAUUUGAUGGAAACUUGUUGAACAAGCUGGUGUAGUGCACUCCAAUUUACUGGGCAACCUGUCAGUCUUAUCCCCAAAGGUGGUGGCAAGCAAGUGCUGAGUAUGAAGAGGGCAAAGCUGUCUGGUUGAAAGGGGGGGGGGGACUUGGAAGGGCCAUUGAAGCUCCAUCUCCUGGGCUCAGGACCGUGCAAACUAUCAAUGGCCGUUGUUUGAAGCGAGGAUUAAGGGGAGAGGUAUGAACGUGGCAAAACCGGUGGGCUGCAAAGGGGGGGUGAAAGAAAACAUGUUCAGGGUCGUCCACAAAUAUCUUUCAACAUGCCACUGCAGCGAAUUCAACUUCCCAGCCCGCAAAAAUGUGCUACAGAGUCUGCUCAAGCUCCUCGAAAGCGAAAGUAGAUCGUCACAGCGCUGCUCUAUGGCUCACGUGAGC